AUGGUUCAAGCAACAGGUGAAGAGCGCGCAGUACAUCUGGCCCGAGAGGCGGUUGAACUGGUUGACGCAGGUCACCGAGAGGCUGCCUCGCGUAAUCUAAGAGAAGCUCUUUCUAUCGCGCCCGAAAAUCCUCAAGUCAAAGCCGCUUUUCUCAAAGUUCAGCACGAAGAUAAAGACGGGCACCAGCUACUCGAUCUCUGUCGCCGAUACACUACACAAAAAGAUGAAACGGCAGGCAAGGAAGCUGCUACUUAUCUCCGGACCGAUGGCCUGAAAUCUCCGGAAUCUGUCGCUUUGGAAUCCCUGAAGCUGUUGCUCGCACAGCGACCGCACUCCCUGUCAACGACGCAGGAUGAGAUCAUAUCCGGCCUAGUGCGACAGAACACCAGUGUGCGGCAGUACUUCUCUUCGCAGCUCCAGACUUCCGUUACGACGUUCUUCGAUGAAAUUUAUGACCGGGGAGAUGGAGCAGCAGUAUGUCUGGAUACAGUGGUGUUGGAUCCUACGGUGUGGACAUCAGAGGAAACGCGAUCUCACUGCGAGUGUGAGCUUUUCCAGCUGUUCAUCGCCAAGUUGAUGGAAUCAGGUCACGAUCUGGAUGGUCGUUCCUUGAAGGGAAUCACUAGACUACUCGCUGUUCAUGCUAGCGAACUCGAACACUUGAUAGACGAUGAAGGGUUCGAGGUGAUUCUUUCAUCCUUGGACAAUCGGCUACCGCUAGAAGUGCGAAGCCAAGCAACGCUGGCUACUGCGAAAUAUCUCGAAGUUGCGAAGGAGACGGGUGAGAAGAGAUUUUUAACAUUGAUUAUGUCCAUCCUUGGCAAAGGCCGCGUCGACGACCUGAUCGUUGCUUUCUCUGCAGUAGCCGCUCUCUUUCCCGUGGCCGCUUCUGCAGCUGCCAAUCUGUUCUUGUCGGAAGAGUUCAUGACCUUCCUCGCCCCGAUGGCAUCUCGAGAUGCCAAGAGCAAGAAGGUGGAGGUUCCCGUCCUGGAACUCCUCAAUGCAGCCUGCAUUAACCGGCCCUGCCGCGAGGCUAUUUCAAAGAAAUACGGAGAUUGGCUGUCACAUAUUUUGACCAAUGGUAGCGAUCAAUCCUCUGAAUUAGCAGCCGUUACCCUGGCGAAGAUCCGUGCAUCUGAGCCCGAAAAACCCUCGACUGGCAACGGUAAGGUUUUGGAGCAAGACAGCGAAUCCGAGCUCGUUCAUCGAUUCAAGGGACUGAUGUCGGAACAAAAGGUUGAGCACAAGUCCCACGCCGUUGAGGGAUUGGCUUAUACUUCGGUGAAGCCUUCUGUCAAGGAUCAACUUGCCAACGAUCCCACGUUUUUACGAAACUUCCUUGCUACUAUGAAGCAGAACGCUAGUGAUUCAUCGAUGCUUUAUGGCGGAUUGAUGGUCGUGCUGAACCUUACCAAAUUCUUACCCAUCCUAUCUGAAGAGCAAAAGAAGAUGUCACAACUCAAGGACUACGCGGACGCAUCUGGUGGAAAAGCGAAGGCGGCAUCUGCACCAGACAGCCGGGAUGAAGAUGAAGCCGUUCUCGCACGAUGUCGCGCCGUUAUCGAUGCGGGCAUCAUGAGUCUGCUUACUGAGUGUGGCCGGAUUUCUCUGCCCUCCACCAAUGAGCUCACUGCAAAGAUUCUUCUUUCUUUGACAAGGGCUCCGAAGUCCCGUGGUACACUUGCCCAACAAGGUGCAGUGAAACUGUUACUCGGUCUUGCAGCCCCGAAGCAAAGUAGCUCUGGUCCUGUGACGAAUGAAACGACCCGAAUUGCAUCCCACGCGCUGGCUCGUAUUCUUAUCUCCGUUGAUCCUUCACAUGUUUUCCCAUCAUCCGGAUUUCCUCAGGUUACAUCCGCCAUCCGUCCCCUACUCUCCCUUCUCUCAUCACCUGAAUCUGCCUCAUUCUCUGCCGAUCAACCUCGUGACCUGCUUCCGGUGUUUGAAAGCCUUUUGGCUCUAACAAACCUUGCUUCCUACCCGCAUGAUGACUCCGCACCUGAACUUACAGUUCGGGAGGGUUGGUCGGCGGUGGAGGACCUCCUCCUGUCUAGCAACUCUCGGGUUCAACGGGCGUCCUGCGAAUUGGUCUGCAAUCUGAUGACUUGCGAGUCCGGUAUCAUCAAGUUUGCAGAUGGCUCAAAGCAAGCUGCCCAACGUCUUCACAUUCUGUUGGCUCUGACCGAUGCCGAUGAUUUCCCGACGCGACGGGCUGCCGGCGGAGCCCUGGCCAUGUUGACCGAGUUUGAUGCCGCCAUCGCAGCUGUCCUGGAGCGACCGCGGGGUGUGGACUUGCUCCUUGGCUUGUGCCAGGAGGAUGACGAUUCCUUGGUUCACCGCGGUGUAGUUUGUGUGCGCAACUUCACUUGCAUCGCGACAGGCGACAUCGGCACCCGUGCCAAGGCUGCCGUUCGCGCCGCUGGUGGCAUUGAAAUUCUCACUGCGUGCCUCAAGAAGACGAAGAAUCAAGCUGUGCUACAGGCUGGGGUGGAAGCCUUGAAGCCGCUGGUCCAGUAG